GUAUAUGAUUUCAUUUCCAUGUAAUGUGCUGCGAUUGUGCAUGUGUCUCAGUUCAGACUAAGAAAUAAUGGUAUAAUUACGUAGGAAGUAUAUUGUAUUGUAAUGUGUAAUGAAUAAGAAAUUAUAAUGAUCUAGUAAAUAAUUAGAUAAUUAGUGGGAUGGUGCAUUUGAAGGCAGUAAUAUGUUGUAAGGGGAAGGAGGGUGGUCGCGAAGAGGAGGCGAGCAGCGCGGCCGAGCCGGGCAUGCGCACCGACCACACCUGCUGCUGCGUCGGCGCGCUGCUGGGCAUCUCGCUCAUUGCCGCCCUCGUAGCGGUGAUUCUGACCAAAGACUCCACGGUAGAGGUGACCGUAUUGCGGCAAGUUCACGUUCUGAUGUCCCACGGGGAGCGCACUCCGAGCGAGCGCGAGCUGGCCAUGCUGGGGGCGCCGCCGCCGGACCACGUCUUCGUGCCGUACGGCGCCGGCGCCAUGACUAAUGAAGGCAAAAUGUUGACUUUUGAAAUGGGCGCAUUACUUAGGAAGAGAUACAAUGAUUAUCUUGGACCCUAUUAUAUUCCAGAGGACAGUACAGUGAUAGUGUCAGACACGGACCUGAGCAAGAUGACGGCGCUGCUGAUAUCGGCUGGUCUCUGGCCGCCCCGCGCCGAGCAGCAGUGGGAGGCCAACAUGGACUGGCAGCCCAUACCGUACACGUAUCCGGCGAGGGAUGAAGAUUUUCUUCUGUAUGAAGAGAACUGCCCCAGAUAUGCGCAGGAGAAGCAGAGGAUUCUCAAAGCGUACACGGACGAAGGGCUACUGUUGCCUUACAAAGAUUUCUUCACGAGAAUCGCGCAUCUCACAAAUACCAACUUUAGCACUCCAGAAGAUGCGUAUCAUCUUAACAAUUUGUUCCUUAUACAGGACGACAUAAAAGUACCGAACCCGAAAUGGGCCAAGCACGUGAAGAGAAAACUGAUGGACAUAGCGCGGCUCGAGUACCUCAUGAUGUUCCAGAACAAUCUGCUGAGGAAGCUCAGUGGCGGAGCGCUCCUCCAACAGAUAAUAAAAGAGGCUCAAUCCCCCUCCCCCUCCCCCCGCCUGUACGUGCGCGCGGGCACGCCGGCGGCGGUGGCGGCGCUGCUGGGCGCGUGCGUGGCCGCGCCGCCCCGGCUGCCGGACCCGGGCGCCGCGCUGCUGCUCGAGCUGCACGAGAGGGUGCCCCAGGAUGAUGAGAAGCCUCUUGGUGAUGGACAGAGGCUUGGUUUUAAGAUAUACUACUGGGACGACGAUUCAGCGGAGCCUCGCCUAAUGGAAGUACCCGGGUGCAGUGCAUUCUGCCCCUUAGAGAAAUUCCAGGAACUGACCAAAUACAUCGUGUCGCAUAAUUAUAAGAAAGACUGUGAACUUGUUCCUACCACAUAACCCGUGUAUUACGUUUUAACUACGUUUUAAAUUAGUGAUAGUGAUAUUUUAUUAGUGUGAUCAAAAGUGAUUAAUUUAAGGCUGUGGAUGUUUAGGGUGGAAAUAUAGUGUAUAUUAU